AUGGACCCCGACCGCGGGCCAUUCAUCAUCGCACCCCAGCGGGUAGAUGGAGCGAAGGUUCUGAUCGGAAAGCGAAAGCGGGAUUCAGACGAUCGUCAAGGCUGGAAUGACCUGUUGGAGAAUGAAAGAUGGUGUAUCAACAUCUGGCCCUUCUACGUCGUCCCGCGUCUUGGAACCUGGGCGUCUCAGCACUCGCGCGUUGUCAUCCUCGGCAACGCUGCACAUGUCAUCCCGCCCACCGCUGGCCAAGGUAUCAACCAAGCCUUCGAGGACAUCUACACGUACGCUUUGAGCUUGGCGAAGUGCCAGGGCCAGAAACUGAACAGAGCUCUGCAGGUCUGGCAGCGGGUCGAUCGGGUGCUCGAGCUCAACAGCCGAAAGAGGAUGGUGCGGCUGCACAGGAUCCAGACAUCAAGCCGUUCGAGCUGGAUUGGCUUUAUAAUCCAAACUUCGAUGCUAUGGUCGAUGGACAUUUGGAGCGUCUCGAGCGAUUUCUUGCUGUUGCUUCUUUCCUAA